GAGGAGUCGAGAGUUGAGUUGCCGAGUUACUAUGAGUUGUAAACUAUUAGUUGAGAAGAAAAUCAUAAUGUUGAGGAUUGGAUCUCUACUGACCAUGCUGGUCUUCAUGACCAUCAUGAAGAUCGUCGUCUCGAAUCGUUGUUUGGUAACGCGCGAAGAAGUCAAUCCAAAGAGAUUGAUUCACAUGGAUGGACAACCAUUGAAUCUUAACUUCGAAGUAUCUGAAAGAGUCACCCAUAGGUUGGCCACCAUAAUCAUGAAAAUAUUCUUGACCGAGGUGCUUGGUUAUUCAGGAGUGUCUAUCUUUGAAGUGGAAGACAAAUUCAUGCCGAACGACACUUUCGAUAGAUUGUCUGGCGAAAUAACGUUCAAUAAUCCGGAACAAGUUCCAAUGGUGAAUAUGGAGGUCUGGAUUCCGGCACAUCUGGACACGAUGUCGUUGCAAAAUUCACUCGACGUGAAGGAAUGCGGAUCCAUUGCUCCGCCAGGUCAUUUCGGUUGGUUCGUUCCCGUUGCGUUAUCGAGACCUGGCGACAGUUGGAUAAUUUUCACUAAACGUGAGACAGCCGCACGUUUCGAUGUGGACGAAUUCACGUUGGAUAACAUUCGAAAUUUCACUAUAAAUCCAGCCACCAAGGCUGACUACUGCCAGCAAUCGUUUUGUCAAGAUGGAUUGUACAUUCCCGAGUGGUGUCAGGGGAAACCAUGCGCUCUAUUAUUGACCAGUUACGGCAACAUUACUGACUUUGUCAAGGAUCACAUCGACCAGUUGAAGUUAUACGUCAAAGUGGCCUGGGUAGGGCCGAACUUGAAAUACGUGACUGAAACUUUGACCAAGGAGCUGUUGCUUAUACGAAAUUUUACCCAUGAUAGAUCUCUGGUCUUUUUACAUUGGACGCCAAGCAGCGUGGUACCAAACGAGAGGGACUUUGUCACUGUCGAAUUCGGCCGUUGUGGCACGACGAAAUUAGAAAUCGAAUGCAAAUACGAAUCCAACAGAUUAACCAAGCUAGUCUGGAGUAAACUCGAGUACGCUGCGAAAUUGGCAUUCGAAGCAAUUAGUCACGCGAAAUUCACACGGGAAAUGUACGAAGAUCUGAUUUAUCGACACAAUAAUUUUUCUGAAACCGUCCACGAAGAACAAAUCGCGUGUGACUGGUUGAAGGACAAUUUGAAUUAUACUCUCAAAGAAUGGAUGCCGAUUACCGCCGACAAGAAUAUUCUAUACGUUGGUGGGAUAUUUCCUAUGAACGAAGCUUUCUAUUCAGGGAAAUCGAUAUUAAUCGCAGCCAGAAUGGCGAAGGAGGCGAUCAAUAUGAACAAUACGGUCCUUACAAAUUAUGAUUUUAAAAUGUUAGCUAGCGAUGGUCAAUGUAAGUCGGAUAUGGUAAUGAGAUCGUUCAUCGAUUACAUAGUGCUCAAUCAGUAUGAUAAGCUGAUUGGUGUUUUGGGACCCGCUUGUUCGGAAACGGUUGAACCUUUGGUUGGUGUCUCGAAGCAUUACAGAACAGCGAUCAUCAGUUAUAGCGCCGAAGGAUCGAGCUUUAACGAUCGUACCAAAUAUCCUUACUUCUUUCGGACUAUCGGCGAGAACAAGCAGUAUAAGCACGUUUAUUUGCAACUGUUGAAGAAACUGGGCUGGAAGAGAGUAGCUGCGUUGACGGAGGAUGGACAGAAGUAUACGGAGUAUAUAUCUUAUAUGCAAGAUAUACUUAGGGACAAUGGAAUUGCAUUUGUGGCGAAUGCAAAGUUUCCAAGGGAACGAGAGGCAGUUGUGAUGACUAAGUAUUUGCAAGAUCUGAAGCAGAAGAAGGCAAAGAUCAUCAUCGCCGAUGUUUAUGAUCAAGUGGCCAGACAAGUAAUGUGCGAAGCGUACAGAUUAGAGAUGACAGCUGUCCAGGGUUACGUGUGGUUUCUGCCUCUGUGGCUUCGACCAGAAUGGUACGAUACGGACCGAUUCAAUAACGAGAACGAAGAACAAGUGCCUUGUACCUCGGCACAAAUGUUUAAAGCGAUAAACGGCUAUCUUGGUCUCUCUCAUGCAUAUUUUGCCCCUGACAAUGAAAUUAUGCAGGAAGGAAUAACGGUGCGUCAAUGGCGCGAUAAUUACGAGAAGUCUUGUUUUAAUCAACAACAACCACCAUCGAAUUACGCUGGUUUCGCGUACGAUGCCAUGUGGACGUAUGCUUACGCAAUGGAUCGACUUCUCCGCGAAAAUCAAAGUUACGUCUUUGACCUCCACAGCGAGCAGACUAUUAAUCGGAUGACGGAUAUCAUCGGUGAAACGGAUUUCUAUGGAGUGUCUGGAAGAAUCAAAUUCUUCGGUGGUCCUUCGAGAUAUUCUGUCAUCAAUAUCGUUCAGUUCGUCAAUAAUAAAACUAAUCUAGUUGGUAACUUCUACCCUAACGUAUCGGAGACAAAGCACGAAGUCGUGGGUGGUACAUUGGACUUAAACGUCUCAGCUCUGGUUUGGUUAUCAAAUAGUAUGCCAGAUGAUGGCUCGGAACCACCUCAACGAUGCGUUAUCGCGGGCCUUGCAGAUUUCGUCAACGUAUCGUGCGAAGUCGCGUUUGUGAUCGUCAAUUUCUUUGGAUUUGGUUUACUGGGGAUACUGGUGAUCAUUGGUUUCAUUUUCAUCAAGAGAAAGUACGAAGAGAAAGUGCGUCUGCACGAAAAAUACAUCCAAUCUCUAGGUUUAGACUUUGCUCACGCGGACACGUCCGAUUUAGAUAAAUGGGAGAUACCUCGGGACAGGGUGGUUAUCAAUCGAAAAUUGGGCGAGGGUGCGUUUGGAAUGGUUUAUGGUGGUGAGGCGUUAUUCCCAGAGAAAGGUUGGCUGGCUGUGGCUGUGAAAACUCUAAAAAUCGGAAGCUCUACUGAAGAGAAGUUAGACUUCCUCAGCGAGGUGGAAGUAAUGAAAAGAUUCGAACAUAAGAACAUAAUCAAACUGUUGGGCGUAUGCAUUAAGAGUGAGCCAGUUUUAACCGUUAUGGAGUUCAUGCUUUAUGGCGAUCUAAAGACGUAUCUUCUCGCUAGAAGACACCUCGUGAACGAUCAGAAUUACGAAGACUCGGAUGAGAUUUCUAACAAAAAACUAACUGCGAUGGCAUUGGACGUGGGUAGGGCUCUCAGUUAUUUGGCUCAAUUGAAGUAUGUUCACAGAGACAUUGCCUCUCGUAAUUGUCUGGUAAAUGCUCAACGCAUCGUCAAACUUGGUGAUUUCGGCAUGACGAGACCUAUGUACGAGAACGACUAUUACAAAUUUAAUCGAAGAGGCAUGCUGCCAGUAAGAUGGAUGGCACCAGAAUCCCUGGGCCUUGGAAUCUUCACCCCAUCUUCGGACGUUUGGUCCUAUGGCGUCCUCCUUUACGAAAUCAUCACGUUUGGUAGCUUCCCCUUCCAAGGGAUGAGCAACAACGAGGUACUUACUCACAUCAAGAAGGGGAACUCAUUGAGAGUUCCGAAAGGAGUCAAAUUACAAUUAGAAAAUUUGAUGUACUCUUGCUGGAGAACGGACCACACAAAGAGGCCAACAGCUCCAGAGAUCGUUGACUUUCUAGCAACGAAUCCUCGAAUUCUAUCACCGUGUUUAGACGUUCCUUUGGCCAGCGUGCAAAUUGAGCACACUGGACAACUGGAGAUACAAUUAAACGAGAACAUCAGAAAGUUUUCGUUAUCCUGGUCACCUGAAAACUUGACGACUCGAUCAUCCACGUCGACAUCCACUCCCGUGGCUAUAUCCAGUCCUCCUUUGUUGGACAUCAAUGGUCACGACGACAAACAAACUCAAGACUCGUUAUUAGGCACUGGACUCUCUGAUGUAGAGAGUAGCAGGCCUCUGUUGUCGAAUUCCGACGAGUGUUCGUCGGGUCCGCCGAUGGUUUUACAAAAUUUCAAACGAAAGGACGAACUGGCGCACAGGUACGUCAACAUUCAGCCAGGAAUGUCGAACAGUCUCGAUCAUAAAAACGGCGGCAAUAUUCAAACGGAGGAGAGGAUAGCUAUGCUGUCAGAGAAUAGGAAAUCAGAGCACGUGUCGAUUCUUUGACAGGAAAAGAAGCACGCGAUUUCACGACAGAAAUCGAUGAUGCACUUCUAUAGACGCGCCGAAGGCGUACUCGGAAAAUAUGCGAAAAUAUCGUAUAGGAAAACGAGUGUGUAAAUCGGUUCGUAGCCAUUAUUGUUUGAAUCGAAACAGGCGUGUGCUUCCGAACGAAUAGUAUGGUUUUCGCGAUGGUAAAUGUGUGGUUUAUUCGAACCUUAUUUUAGAGUUGGAGAGAUGCGCAAUUGUAUAGGUCGUUUGAUUCACUGGAGAUUAAAAUCCUGCCGAUUUAGUUAUGAUGUAUGAAAUCUACCGUAGGUUCCAGUUACGAAGACGAGAAACGAUCAGUUGCAGCGAGCGAAAAUAACGGUAUGAUCCUUUGGUGGACAACUAUUUUCGCUCAAUCUACAUUUGAGACUGAUGUAAUAGAAAAAUUAAGUUACCGAACAGUUAACGUGACAAUCCCGAAGAUUUCUGAAAAGAACGAAACAUUCGCACAUAGAUUCGUACAAAAUUGAAAGUAAACUCCUAGAUUAUCUCUAUUUGCUUCCAUAUUAAAGAUAUUUUAAUAAUCGAAUAUAAUAUCGAGCGGAGUAUUUCAUUAUUGGUAGUAGAAAUUUCCAUUGUUUUCGCGCCGAGUAAGAAAUAAACGAAAAAAGCAAAAGGCUGCUUCGGUUAGAUACGUUGUAUUUAAUAAUAAUCGAAAGGAGAACGACUGAUAAACGGAUACAGUGUCGUAUUUACGUAAAGUGUUUCGCAAGCAGCAUUUCCCUGUCCAAACAUUCUCGAUACUCGAAGUAUGUAGGACUUUGUACGAUUUCCUUCGAAACAGACUGCAUAUCUUUCCAAGCAAUCGUGUCGACGUUUAAAUACUUCGUGGUGAAGUUGGCGCAUUUUUGGAGGACAAAACCGAAGAAAAACAGAGCAAUAUUUUACACGAUGGAACAUUAAGCGUUCACGCAUGCAACCAUGACAUUUAUAUAAAAAGAAAAACGUAUUUUUUCUUCUUUAUGCGAACACGUUCGAGAAGACAGAAGUUCGUAAAAAGAAUAAUAUGAAAUUAAAAGAAGAAAACGAGGGAAAGGGUCCGGUAUUUCCCUUUGCGUUCCAUGUAUACAUAUAUAUUUUUUGACCUAUCUUUUAUGCAAUAUAUUUGUCGAUUUGAGUCGAGAAAAGUGACUGCAGUAUAAUUACUCGAUGCUAUGAAUAACACUCGAUCCUCGCUAGGAAAGCAAGUGAAAUAGUUACUAUUAUUCUAUAUGGUAUUACAAUUAGUAAAACUAUUUAUUGAUUUAAGCCAAGAUACUUUGAUCGAGACUUCAUUUUUUGUAAAAUGUAUUUCAUAUAUACAUAUAUUGAAUUCCUCUGACCGCGUGCUUCAUCUUGUCGAAGCAAUUUAUUUUAGUGUUUAACGCGAUUAGCGUUAUAAGAUAACGUAGCUCGAGACGGGUGAAAUUUCCUGUUAUUUAGAUGCAAUAACAUUAAACGUCUUGUAGAAACAAGUUGUUAGAAAUAUAUGUUAAUAUUAUAUUGAUACGAUCGAUUACGCGUAUGGUUGACAAAUGAAAGACGAAAGUUUUAACAAAAACGUAAAACAAUUGACACUGAGAUGUCAUAAGAAUUCUCUAAAACUUCGUCGCAAUUUUCAAGAGAAAUUUUAAUCGAAUAUUCUUAAAAAUAUCUUAUUGAUCAUCCUAACGUGCACAGACGUAUACAGGUUGCUUGAAUUUUAAUAAAGUGCGACCAAAAAUGAUAUUAUCCUUUGUUACACGUUGUUACACCACGGUGUGUAGGAUAUUUCUUUAUUAACGAAAUAUUAUAUUUAUUUUUGUAUUUAUUAGAAAGUUCGUCAUCAUAUUCGUUCUUCGAUUAGUCGAAGGAUCAUACUAUAAUUUUUAGUUUUGAUAUCGACCACUUUUUAACAGCAUUUUUGCUUUCUUACAUAUCCAAAGAAUAUGUUCCUAACGCUUAAAUUCGACUAAAAUCCAGACAUCAUGCGAUAGUACAUAAAUGUUAUAAAUCAUUACUAUAUUAUCAAGUUGAAUUCUGUUACCAGAAAUGACUGAAGAAAUCAACACACAAAGUAUUUUUAAUCUUUCACUCUAAUUCCAAUUUUUAGCUGCUUCGUAUCGUCCAUUUUAUCGAGCCAUAAGAUUAUACUACGCACGAAAUUAUCGAUUAUUCGUUCGUAUAUCCAGUUUUUGCCUGUGUCAAAACGUUGACGGAAAAAGGAAAAAAGAAUCAAUCACGUUGCAUAUUACAUCGUUACAUCACGUCGAACACGCUUAUCAUAGUACUUAGUGGUGAUAAAUUUCUCUUCUAUUCUUUUCUCUUUUUUUAUAUCGGGCAUAGAUUAGACGAUUAUAUAAUUAUUAUAACGGAACGCUCGUUUUGACGGAAGUUGCAGGGCUUUUGUUCUACGUCAUAGAGCAUAGUAGAAGAACAAAAUAGAAACUGCAAACUUUUCAGUCCGUAUACACGAAGCAAGUGCCUCGGGUUUGGAAAGUGCAAUCCUUCCUAAAUAGCUUUACACAAGAGAAAUUGUUUACUAUAAUAAAAUUAUCACGAUGUUAUUUAUUCUCGAAUUGUAUAGUCGUAAUUUUAUAUUUGUUGCAAAUGAUGAAAGUACUAUUCUGUACAGAUGCUGUUAUUCCUUGAGAAAAUAUUUAUUAUGCCUUCUUGAAUUAAAUUAUAUAGAAAAUGA